UUCUCCCUCUUUACACUUAUAGAGCCGCCGCAUCAUUCUAUGCCGGUAGUUCUGUGGAACAUAGAGUCACGUAGCGGGGUUAACUUCUUCAGUUUCACGUUAAAAGCUUGCGGCUCGGACACUGCAGGUUACCAAGUAUUUUAAAUGAUUUUGAAGUGAAAUUAGGCAGUCUUCAAAUACUGAAAUCUGGAAAUGGAUGAACUUCAUUUAAAGUAUCAGAAGCUUGCACAGGAGUAUGCAAAGCUCAAAGCUCAGAACCAAGUGCUCAAAAGAGCAGUGGUUGAAGAAAAGGACAAUCAAGCUUCAAUGAAGGAAUUACUAAGAGGAAAAGAGCAACUACUUCGUCGCUCAGAACAGGAGAUGGACAGUCUUGUCUUCAGAAAUCAACAAAUGGAAAGAAGGGUCGAGCUUUUACAGGAAGAACUAGAAAAAAUGGCAAACUCUAAACAGAAAAAAAAGACCAAAGCUGAUACUACUAAUCAUCCAUCUCAUUCAAAUGCAUUAAAUGAGGAUUUGAGAAACAAGAUCCGUGAGAAUGAGAUUCUACAUAAGCAAGUAUAUGAAGCUGACAGUAAAACUAGACAAUUGGAGCGACAGUUAACUGAUGAAUUAACUCUUGCAAAACAAGAGGCAAAACAAUCUAAGGAAGCACUAGCAACUGGAGAAACAAAAUAUAAAUUGGUUGUUGAUAAAUUACAAGAAGAAAGAGCUUUAUUGGAAUUACAGCUCAGGACAACUCAAGAGAAUGAACAGCAAGCCCAAAUUCUUGCAGACCAGAGUUCAGAAAAACUUGCAAAGAUUGAAUCUGAACUCGGCAAGGAAGUGAAAUAUUUAUCUCAAGUUGUUCAAGAUACGAUCGUUUUUAAUGAUUGCAUGUCACCAAGUCUUAGUGUGUUAAAUGUUCCUCCUCACGAUAGAAGAAGUCAGGCAAAGGCAUCAGAACUGUUGAAAGAUGCACAAACAUUGAUUUCUGAAUUAUGUACUGCGCUCAUGAAUUUGCAUACAUACACAGAACAGAGAUCAAAAAUUUAUCCUGUUGAUAGUUCAUUCAAUCCACUAUCAAUUGUCAAUCAACGGCUUUGCCAUUUUCUUCGUGACAAUGCAUCCAUGGUUCGUCCAAUCGGUGAUUCUUUUAAUAAAUUUUGUGAUACAUCUACUGUUUCUGGUUCAUGCCCCAUCACACUUCAUACAGCACUUGGUUUGGAACCUUUUGCAGAAGCAUUCAGAAACUAUGUAUCUUACCUCGGAAAGAUUAUGCCUUAUCAAGUGCAAAGCAUUGAGGAAGAGUGCAAUGCGGCAGUAUCUGCUCAAACGUUGCAAAAUAAAAAUGCAGAAUUCCGGCAUUUGUAUCAAAGAUUGGCUCCUUCAUUUACCAAACUUCAGACUUACCUAACGUUGAUAGCUUCCUCAAGUGGUGGAAGUCAUUUGUUGCCUCCAUAUAAUGAAAGAGCAGUAUUUCAGAAGUUACUACUGACAUUGAAUGAAAUGCAUUUGUUAUUUAAAGAUAUGUCUAAGGCAUUCAAUGGUAAAGUAGCAUCUGAGCAUCAGCUACCUACUGCUUCAGCAUCAUUGAAAUCCACUGAUGAAUUUUUAUUGUCAGCAUUUCUUUCACUUUCUACAGUAAUGGCGAAAUUGGCAGCUUUCAUUUCAGAAAAUACAGAAUUUUUCACUAGAAAGAGUCCAUACAGGACGAGAGGCAUCAGCUUGAUAAGUUCAGAAACUCCAGCAGCGGAUUCAACACCUCCCGCUGCAUCACCUGUAGUCAUUGGAUUGAGCCAGAGAUCUGUCGGAUAUCUUUCUAAAGUUAACCCUGCAGCUCCUCCACCAUCAGUGCCAUAUAAAACUGCUAUUCAAGAUCAUGCAACUGCCUUAUCAUCUGCAGAAAGCAAGGAUAAUCUUGUUAGCAGGCUACAAGAAAGUUCAGAUCGUAUCAAUAAGUUGGAACAAGAAAAAGAACAUUGGUUGUUAGAAGCUCAACUUCUCCAAAUGAAAUUGGAUAAAGAAAAGCAGAAAUCUGCAUCAUUACAAACUAAACUGCCAUCCGACUCAAUCAGUGACAAUCUUGCCAAUGCAGUUGCACCACCAUCAAAUGAUUCUGAACCAAGAGUGAGAAAUAUAUCGGAAUCAUUGAAACCUCUCGAUACAUCUAUGCUUGGUGAAGUGAGCUCAAUUACUGAACCUAUCACAGAUGAGGAUGUCACGGACAGUCGUGAAGAAAUUAUUAAACAGCAUUUGACGUCUCGACUCACAGAAAUGAGUACAAAGUUGCAGCAAUCUGAAUCUAAAACACUCAGUUUUCAUGCGGAGUGUCAGUCACUCCAUAAACGAUUAGAUCUUGCAGAGCAAAAAAGAGAGAAAAUCCAAGAAGAAUAUAAUAAAGGAAAUCAGAAAAUCUCACAACUUCAGGAUGAAUUAGCAGUGACAAGGAAAAAUUACGAAGAUCAAUUGAGUUUAAUGAGUGAUCAUCUUGCAGCAAUGAAUGAUAAAUUAAGUUCACAGAAAGAUGAGAUCGAAAAUUUGAAGCUCAAUCCCAAGUCCAAGAAGAGCAGGCUCAAGGUUCCUGGACUUGGAUAAUUCUCAUGUGUCAUGCAGUCAAUUCUAAUGAAAAGUAUUAUUAGUAUUAUAUAAGCAAUUUGUCAUUCCUGUAUUUGAUGAUUUUUUUGCUUUUUCAUAAUUGAUUCCAGUGCAAUUUUUAACUUAUAUUUGUCGAUAUUUCAACUUAUUAUGAUGACUAGUACUGUACAAUAAAACAAUUGCUACCCUCAUUCAAAUGAUACUAUCGGUAAUCACUGGCCUCUGAUGCUUGGAGAUUAUUACCUUAAUGAAACCACUUCUAUAUUAAUAAAAGGUUGAAAGCUGUCAUUGCUUCUUGCCAA